AUCACCAGAAACUAGAACGUGAGGCCCGGAUAUGCCGACUUCUGAAGCAUCCAAAUAUCGCCUUUUCUUGCAGUUGGUGAAUUGCCCUGGUCUUCUCCAUGCCCUGCCCUCCUGGACCCAUCUGUGAUGCUCUUGCGGUGCGCCUCCAUGACAGUAUUUCUGAAGAAGGGUUUCACUACCUCGUGUUUGACCUUGUUACUGGCGGGGAGCUCUUUGAAGAUAUUGUGGCCAGAGAGUACUACAGUGAAGCAGAUGCCAGCCACUGUAUACAUCAGAUUUUGGAAAGUGUAAACCACAUUCACCAGCAUGACAUCGUCCACCGGGAUCUGAAGCCUGAGAACCUGCUGCUGGCAAGUAAAUGCAAGGGUGCUGCUGUCAAGCUGGCUGAUUUUGGCCUUGCUAUCGAAGUGCAGGGAGAACAGCAGGCCUGGUUUGGUUUUGCUGGCACCCCAGGUUACUUGUCCCCUGAGGUCUUGAGGAAAGAUCCCUAUGGAAAACCUGUGGAUAUCUGGGCCUGCGGGGUCAUCCUGUAUAUCCUCCUGGUGGGCUACCCUCCCUUCUGGGAUGAGGAUCAGCACAAGCUGUAUCAGCAGAUCAAGGCUGGAGCCUACGAUUUUCCAUCACCAGAAUGGGACACAGUGACACCUGAAGCCAAGAACUUGAUCAACCAGAUGCUGACCAUAAACCCAGCAAAGCGCAUCACAGCUGACCAGGCUCUCAAGCACCCAUGGGUCUGCCAACGAUCCACUGUGGCCUCUAUGAUGCAUCGCCAGGAGACCGUGGAGUGCUUGCGCAAGUUCAAUGCCCGGAGAAAACUGAAGGGUGCCAUCCUCACGACCAUGCUUGUCUCCAGGAACUUUUCAGCUGCCAAAAGCUUAUUGAACAAGAAGUCGGAUGGCGGUGUGAAGAAAAGGAAGUCGAGCUCCAGCGUGCACCUAAUGCCACAGAGCAACAACAAAAACAGUCUCGUAAGCCCAGCCCAAGAGCCUGCGUCCUUGCAGACGGCCAUGGAACCACAAACCACCGUGGUACACAAUGCUACAGAUGGGAUCAAGGGCUCCACGGAGAGCUGCAACACUACUACAGAAGACGAGGACCUCAAAGCUGCCCCGCUCCGCACUGGGAAUGGCAGCUCGGUGCCUGAAGGACGGAGCUCCUGGGACAGAACAGCCCCCUCUGCAGGCAUGCAGCCCCAGCCUUCUCUCUGCUCCUCAGCCAUGCGAAAACAGGAGAUAAUUAAGAUCACAGAACAGCUGAUUGAAGCCAUCAACAAUGGGGACUUUGAGGCAUACACGAAGAUUUGUGACCCAGGCCUCACUUCAUUUGAACCUGAGGCCCUUGGUAACCUCGUGGAGGGGAUGGAUUUCCAUAAGUUUUACUUUGAGAAUCUCCUGUCCAAGAACAGCAAACCCAUCCAUACCACCAUCCUAAAUCCACACGUCCAUGUGAUCGGGGAGGACGCAGCUUGCAUCGCCUACAUCCGGCUCACCCAGUACAUCGACGGGCAGGGUCGGCCUCGCACCAGCCAGUCAGAGGAGACUCGGGUCUGGCACCGCCGGGAUGGCAAGUGGCUCAAUGUCCACUAUCACUGCUCAGGGGCCCCUGCCGCACCGCUGCAGUGAGCUCAGCCACAGGGGCAUUAGGAGAUUCCAGCUGGAGGUCAAACCUUCGAAGCCAGUGGCUCUGGAGGGCCUGAGUGACAGCGGCAGUCCUGUUCGUUUGAGGUUUAAAACAAUUAAAUUACAAAGCGGCAGCAGCCAAUGCACGCCCCUGCAUGCAGCCCUCCCGCCUGCCCUUCGUGUCUGUCUCUGCUGUACCGAGGUGUUUUUUACAUUUAAGGGGGAAAAAAAA